AUGGAACACAUUAGAAAGUCACUGUGUGCCAGACCUACCGUUGAUGCUAGAGAUCUUCUCGCAGAAGAGCUCGAGGGACAGCCUGAACUCUGUCAACUCGAGAUUUUGACCGAGGUGUUUAACGCGGGCAUUGUCGCCGAUGAACGGCUGGCAGAGAUUAUCCAUGUCGGCUGGGAACACAUGCUACGGAAUGAUCUUUGGACCUUCAAGUAUGAGUCCCUUGAGCAAUACCGGCAGUUGAUCAGCUAUCGCGAGACUAUUCUACCCAUCCUCCAGCGCUUCAAACGAUCAGAUCGAGCGAAAGCCAUCAACAUGCGCAUCAUCAUGGACCAGUGGAAAUCACCUAUACACCAGGUGAUUCCCGCGCACAUGGCUCCGACGUCCUGGAGUAAGCAUCUUCUUAGCCUCCUAGCCACUCUCAGUCAAUCUAUACAGUCCACAGACGAAGCGGUGAGCCUUCUGAAGAAAAGCAUUCACCAACGACCGCGCCGGUCUCGGCAAGGCUGCACCCUGAUGCCGAGCGAUGUAGAGCGCGUGCUUAGGAGCCUACCUUGUGUGACUCUGGCUCGUAGGCGUCUACCCCUGGGUACAGCCAGCCAACCUCCAAUCCCAAGCGAUCUCGUGGUGGGUCUAUUGAUGUGGGCUAAGUCGAUGGCAUGGUCCAAUAUUUGCAAUGCACACCUUGGAAGAUUAGGGGAGCUAAGAUUUGGCGCUUCUGUCAAGAGCUGGAGUAGGGACGAGAUCGUCUCGCAGCUCGAGAUUGUGCUUUCAGAGGUGCGCUUGUCAAAGGGGGACUUGAUGUUGCCCCCUUCUGAAGAUAAUCUUCACCGGCAAAACUUGACCUCAGCAGAAGAUCAGUCCCAGUUGCCCUCCCCCCCCGUGCCCCUACCCUGUUGGGCGCUACCCUUGCACGAUGGCGAGGUUUUCAUGAGUCUUCAACCCCACAGCGUCCCCAUAUAG